AUGGAGGAACCUUUGCCUGGAACUUCUGCUGAAACAUCUACAAAAGAUGAACCUGAUCCUGAAUUGAUUUUCAUAAAUUUUAGUCGAAAUGUAGAUAGAUUAAUUGCUGGCGGAGAUUAUGGUUUCGCAGUUUAUAAAACAAGACCAGAGGAUAUAACACCACGUUUAAUAUUUGAAAUGAGUAGACAACCGACGCAGAAGGAUUAUAUGACGUUUGUGAAUGAUAUCUUAUUGGUUGAAAGUUUCCCACCGAUACAUAAAUUUGCAGUGGUAUUUGGGAAAAUUCCAGAAACAUUAUAUUUCUAUGAUGCUGUAUUAAAAGAUUGUACCGGUUUAACUCAUUUUACCCAAAAAAUCCUCAGUGUGAAAGCAUGCACAGAGAAUAAUUAUGAUGAUCUUGCAUCUUAUGUUAGACUUAUAAUUCAUCCGGCUCCACCCAACUUUUCAUUACUAAUGGAUUUAACUGGUGAAGAAAAACCUCGUUUAGUUUAUCCCGAAUCUGAAACUGAAGGUUUGGUUGCUGUACAAAGUAUUUGUUAUUUAUCACAUUCAAAAAACGUGAUAAAUGCGCAUAAUCAUCCGAUCGGAGCUUUACGUCUUAAUAACCAGGCCACGUUACUUGCAACAACAUCAAACGUUUCAACUGUGAUACGUGUCUAUGAUGCACGUACAACUGAAUGUCUUGUUGUAUUCCGUAGAGGUGUGGCGCGAUCUGUAAUCGUACAUUCAAUGGCAUUUAGCGCUGAUUCUAGAUUCCUUUGUUUUACCAGCAAUACGGAAACCGUUCAUAUAUUCAAAAUUGAAGGACCUAUACCUAAAGAACUNUAUUUUUGUUAUUAUCUUUUCAGAUCUGUAAUCGUACAUUCAAUGGCAUUUAGCGCUGAUUCUAGAUUCCUUUGUUUUACCAGCAAUACGGAAACCGUUCAUAUAUUCAAAAUUGAAGGACCUAUACCUAAAGAACUACGACUGGAAGAGGAAAUAGCACUGCAAUUUGAGGCACGGGAUCGAGAUGCUCUUAAUCCACCCGGAUGGUAUGAUUAUUUUGAGCAAACUAAACGUGCUGUAACGGAUUAUUUAGCACCAACACGAGAUUUUGCUUCAGCAAUUUUGCCGGAAACAGCAAAUUUGAAUGUUGCCAGUUUAAAAGAUGUUAACAAUAAAUUGCAUGUAAUAGUAGCCAUCUCUACCAGGAAAUAUUUCGUAUUUGUAAUCAAAAAUGAAGGCGGCGUUGCUACAUUAAUAAGAAAUGAAAGACUUCAUUCUAAGGUAUUAAUAUAA